AUGGACUUGAGAGGACAUGGAAGGGUGGGAAUAGCAGCAUUCUUAAUUAUUUGUAAACUGUUAUGCUUGUUAUGGCCGGACAUCAUAAGAGCUAUUCAAUUACAGGGUGAGGAUAUUACUGUGGCAGCUGUAAGGGAAGUUAAAGAAGAAACAGGAAUUGACGCCGAGUUUUCAGAGGUAUUAGCAUUCAGGCAAGCACACAAGUUAUUUUUUGAGAAGUCGGAUCUGUUUUUUGUGUGCAUGAUGCGUCCUCUAUCCUUUGACAUCCAAAAGCAAGACCUAGAGAUUGAGGCAGCUAAGGGCAUUCCUCUUCAACCGAGCAACGAGUGCGGGUACUUUGUGAUGCGAUACAUGCGGGAUAUCAUUGAGGAUAAAGACUUGUCGUUGUUUGCUACCAAGUGGGAGAGGAGAGGCAGCAACCAAUAUACCCAAGAAGAUAUUUUGAUCAGUUGCGAAAUGAGUGGGCGAAGUUUGUGGUGAAGACGUAUGUGUAGGAGCCAUGAAAUAGUUUGCUAAUGAAAGAAAACAUCUUUUUUGUGCUUCUCUGCUGGUACAUUAUUCAUGCACCAUAUA